CUUUGAUGCUUGUAAUACCCAGACUGUACAGCGCGCCUGUAGGCAGGCCCCUUAAUACUCACACUACUGCCACGGGCCUCUGCAGACCACCUACGCCGCGUCGUACAUUCUGGACCUCGUCCACUACUCAAAACGAAAUCCCUCAGGCCCGCCCACUCUCUGGCACCGUUGGUAAGACCGCGGAGCCUACAUUUGGGCAUCUGCCUCGACCACCACUUCUCCCGCCAAAGGGCGAGACGCAAAGAUGCCUUCCGUAGAACUGGUCCUGUUCCUCCUUCUCUCGGAGCUCGCGACUCAACUGGUCUCCGUGUUCUUUCUCUACAUUGUCUUCAACAAACUCACUCGGGCGGACCAAAAGCGUCUUAGAUUUGCAGGCGUGACCGCUGCUACGCUGAAUGCGGGCUUUAGCAUAGCGAGGUGGAACGCACUCAAGAGUCAUUGGAGCGGCUGAAGUGCUGCCGUCUUCGCUUUGUGUUGAGGGCGUCUCAUCGGGCGACCGCCACAAGGGAUCCGGUCAAAAGAUGCGCAGAGCAUUUCACAUCAGGAACUUUGCUCACCAGACUGGAGGAGUCUUCCCGCAUCUCGGAUCAGCGCGCUGUAACAAAACUUGCCUGAACGCGCCGUAGCAGACGAGCAAUGCUCGGUUGUGACAGAGCGCGCGAGCAGACACUCGAGAUGUUACAUCCCGCAAAAGUCAAAUCUGGAUCUAAGUCGCGCAAAAAGUCGCACCUGCGAACCGUGACUGCAAGAAUGAAUAUGUAUUAUACCCAACGUCACCAAUGCAGCUCUAAUGGCGACCUCCUAGAGGACCGCCACAACCCAGAUUUCUAUUUCACCCGCUAUUGACUCCUACUGCUUC